AUGGAAAAGGUAAAGAAGACCCAUUCUGCACACAGCCAUCUGACCAAGGUCCAUCUGUCCAGCAGGCAAUACAGAGGGACUGACCACGACAGAGAGCGGCACAGGUUAUUCUCAUCACAAACUAAGCUAUGUCCUAAGAGAGAUUGAUCAUGUUGACAUGUGUAGAUUUGUUGUGAUUUUAUGCUUGCCCUUUUCUUUGUCUUCCUCCAGGCAGCCUUUGGUCUCCACGCCAUCUCCUGGCUGUGAAAACAGCUACAUGGAAUCAUCUGAGGUAGGCCUACCUACACUUUGAUAUCUUAGACAGUGCAGUACCGAACAUACUUUUUAGGAAGUCCAAAUGCAAGUGAUAUUUCCUGUUUUACUAGAUGACCAUGGGGCUGGUGAACGAAAAUUAUGCAAAGGCCUUAUGGAGGAGAACCAGAGAGAGGGCAGGAGUGUCCGUUUGCCCUGCCGUACUUCCUGUCCAGCCCCUGCUCCAUCUCAGGGCUAAGACUGAUGAAAACCUGCUUGAGAGCCAAUCCCACUGUGGCAUGGACCAGACUUUAGACCCCUCAUGCCUUAGGGCCAAAAUAAGGCCA